AUGUACUCCUCUAGAGAUAGUCAACAGACUUCUAUAAACUGCGCAGAGAACAGAUCCAGGUUAGAGGGUCUGCCACUCACUCACGAACCCCGCGUUUGGCCAUACAACCCACGAACAGAGAUGUACCCGUACCAAAUCGAUGCAAGUGAGCACAACAAAUCAAACUCCAGGUUGGAUCCAGCUUUAGCUUAUCCCGUUCCUUUGAGGCCAAGUGUUUUUCAGCACGCACGAUUCAUCGAUAAAAUGCAACCCAGUAUGGCGAGAGUGAAGCAAGAAAAGUACGAGAUGGCGUUCCCGGAGGAACCUUUAAGCGAAGUUGAUCCAAGAAGGUGGAGUCGCGAAGAUGUAACACGCUGGCUCCAAUGGACUUCUGAAAUGUUUCAUCUUGGAAGCAUUAAUCCCGAGCGAUUCCAAAUGAACGGUAAAGCUCUAUGUCUCAUGACUAUGGAUAUGUUUCUGUACAGAGUUCCGGAGGGAGGAAAUAUCUUGUAUCAAGACUUCCAGAGGAGACUUCGAAACGCUGUGGCUUUGCAGAAUUAACCGCGUACUACCUGCUAGAUCUGUGACUAAACGUGAUGUAAGACGGCUUUGGGUUGGAGUUUGGAACUAAGAUAAGCUGAGCAGAAUUUAGAUAAAGUGUAAACGGGUUGUCUAAAGAGGACUGAGAUGAAAUGAAACCAGUGCCUUGCAAGAAAAGCUAGUCAAGAACGUCGUUAAAAAAUAUCGCGCGAAAAGAUUGCAGUUUAUUUGUGUUUUUCUGCACAUCGAUGACUUUGGAACUUUCGUUGCCACUUAGAGUUUAGAUUGAGGACUGUUUUUUUCGGAAUUGGUUGCUGUUUUUUCUUUCGGCUUCCUCAGGAAGUGGGAAGAACGAUAAUUAAUGCGAUAGGUAACGAUUUAAAGAAAAAAAAAGAGCAAAAUAAUUAUUUUUGAGUAGGCUUGUUACUCGAGUUAAUAAAACUAGUGUUAUUUGUAGGAGAAAGAAAGCUCAUAGCAAAUUAUUUGAAAUGAAUGAAAGUAUGAUUCGUUUCUUGUAAAUAGUUUACAAAGAUGCUUUAUUUUUAUGAAAUAUUCAAGACGUACAACGAAGUUUAUAUUUCAAGUCAUCACAGACGUAAUACAUUUUUACAGUCAUGUUUCUAUCAUGAAUCAAUAAACAUUUAACAAGAGAUUUAUUAUUCAUUGGA